UACUUCGCUUUACCAAAGGUUCAUUUUGCGAACUGCCAUUCACGGCAAAGCGCUUAUGCAUUUUAGCUUGCCUUCCUACAGUAUCCAGCUCAGCCUAGUCCAAAGGCUUUUUCGCAGCCGAGUUAUCGAUAACAUCUAACGUUACCUAUUCUGCCUCUGCUACUAUUGAUCGGGCCAUUAUAUCCGUUGUCGUCGCACCAUGCUUCUGCACGGCCCGGGCCCUGCCGCUCUAUCGCGACGGCAACAACAAGGCUUUUGCAAUGGAAAUAUUAACGGAGUUGCGUUACUUCGGAAACCGUUUCCGGGGUGCUUGGCGAGGUCCAGAAGAAGCACCUUGCCGGCCUCGCGGGUUGCAUCUGUGGACCUCGCGUCACCAAAGCUUUCCACCAGCCCGACAAGCACUAGCACGGCCAAGCUUGCGCUGGAGCCAUCCGGCCAACCGGCUUCCGAUGUGCACGGUCCAGCCCUAACCGGACGACCCGAGCCCUUGGGGGCGAGCAUUGAUGCCGGAACGGGCUCAAUAAACUUUGCUGUCUUCAGCUCUUCCGCUUCUUCCGUCAGCCUCGUGCUCUUCACGGAGCCCGACCUAGCUGCCGGGAAGGCGUCGUACGAAAUACGGUUGGAUCCGUUGGUCAACCGUACGGGAGACGUCUGGCACAUCAUGCUACCUGGCCUAAGAGACGAUCUGCUGUACGGCUAUCGAGUGGGUGGGCUGCAUCAGGACCUGCAGCCCGAGCACCCGGGGCACCGGCAUGACGAGACACGUGUCGUACUCGACCCCUACGCCACCGCCGUACUCAGCCGCCGCCGCUGGGGGCAGCUCGGCCCCGACCUGCCGUACGGCCAGGACCCCUCCCUGCUGGGCCUCAUGCGCACCUGGCCGCAGGCGGCCGCAGCACUGCCUGCUUGGGGGACUGGGGCAGCACCAACAUCACCCUCAUCAUCAUCGUCAGCAUCAUCAUCAUCAUCAUCAUCAUCAUCAUCAUCAUCAGGAGUAGCAGCAGCAGCAGCAGCCUCAGCAGCCUCGUUUGACUGGGAGGGCGACCGGCCGUUAAACCUGCCGAUGGAGAGUCUGGUGAUCUAUGAGGCGCACGUGCGGGGCUUCACGGCGCAUGGGAGCAGCGGCGUGGCGGCACCGGGCACCUACGCGGGUAUGAUUGAGCGGCUGGACCACCUGGCUUCCCUGGGUGUGAACGCGGUGGAGCUGCUGCCGCUGUUCGAGUUCAACGAGCUGGAGUACUACAGCCCGAUAGCUGGCAGCGAGGAGUACAGGUACAACUUCUGGGGCUACUCCACGGUGGCUUACCGCGCGCCCAUGUCCCGCUACUCCGCUGCGCUGGCGGCCGGGCGCCACGUGCGGUCCGCGUGCGCCGAGUUCAAGCAGCUGGUCAAGGAGUGCCACAAGCGGGGGAUCGAGGUCAUCCUAGACGUUGUGUUCAACCACACUGCGGAGGGCAACGAGCGCGGCCCCACGCUGUCCUUCCGGGGGCUGGAUAACCGGGUGUACUACAUGCUGGCUCCCGGGGGGGAGUACUACAACUACAGCGGUUGCGGCAACACCCUCAACUGCAACCAACCCGUGGUACGGCAGUUCAUCCUGGACUGCCUGCGCUACUGGGUCACCGAGUAUCAUGUGGACGGAUUCAGGUUCGACCUGGCAUCCAUCCUGACUCGCGCCCCCAGCGCCUGGCACCCGCAGCAGUGGGACGAGGCGGGGCAGCCGGUGGCACUGCACAGCGGGGGGGCGGUGCUGAGUGCGGAGGGCAUCAUGAGUGACGGCGGCGGGCAGCCCACCGGCACGCCGCUGUCCGACCCGCCGCUGCUGGAGGCGCUGAGCGAAGACCCCGUGCUGCGAGACACCAAGAUGAUUGCGGAGGCGUGGGACUGCGACGGACUCAACCAGGUGGGCUCCUUCCCGCACUACGGCGGCCGCUGGUCGGAGUGGAACGGCAAGUUCCGGGACGUGGUUCGCAACUUCGUAAAGGGCAGCGAGGGGCCCUGGGCGGGCGAGUUCGCAUCGGCGCUGUGCGGCUCACCCCACAUGUACGGCAACGCCACCCCGCAUGAGAGCGACUGGUGGGGUAACAACGGCGGGCGGCAGUGGCGAGGCAACCGCGGCCCCACCGCCUCCGUCAACUUCAUCACCGCGCAUGACGGCUUCACGCUGGCUGACCUGGUGUCGUACAACGUGAAGCACAACGAGGCCAACGGAGAGGACAACCGAGACGGCGAGGCGCACAACAACUCCUGGAACUGCGGCGAGGAGGGACCCACGGGUCGGCCUGAUGUCAACCGGCUGCGCCAGCGUCAGAUGCGCAACCUUGCUGCUGCGCUGCUGCUGUCGUGCGGGGUGCCGAUGCUGUGCAUGGGCGACGAGUACGGGCACAGCAAGGGCGGCAACAACAACACCUACUGCCAUGACUCCGAGCUCAACUACAUGCGGUGGGACCAGCUGGCCUCCGACCCACACGGCUUCACUCGCUUCAUGCGGCUGCUGGUCAACUUCCGCCGCUCCAGCGGUGUGCUGCAGCGGAGCAGCUUCAUGACGGAUCGGGACAUCCAGUGGCACGGGGAGCUGCCCAACCAGCCCGAUUGGAGCGACUCCAGCCGCCUGGUGGCCUUCACGCUGAGCGACGGCGCGGGCGGGGGGCUGUACGUCGCCUUCAACACCUCACACACGCCCCGACUGCUCAGGAUGCCCGCAUGGCCGGGCCGCGUGUGGCAGCCGCUGAUAGACACCGGCAAGGUCGCCCCCUACGACUUCCUGGUCCCCGACGCCGCCCUCUCCGCGGAUGACGUGGCGGCUGUACGGCGCUCCCUGUCGCACUGGACCGCUGAGAAUGCGGUUUCCGUACUGCCCUGGAGCUGCAUCGUUCUGGUUUCGGAGCCUGAGGGCGGUACGGCGGGCACGGACAUGAUACGGCUCUCCUCGCGGGUCGGCACAACGCCGGCUAGCCCGGCAGCAGCAGCAGGAGCCCCUUCCUCCUCCUUCCCCUCCUCUCGCCCCUCCUCCGCCGCCACCUACUCUUCCUCCUCGCACUCUAGGCCAGCUGCCGCCUCCGCCACCGCCGCCGCUGUCCCCGCUGCCACCGCUGGCGGCACCACUGCCGCCCACCAUGCCACCCCGUCGCGCGGCAGCAGCAGCAGCAGCGGCAGCAACACCGCCUCCUCCGCCGGUAAUCUCACCCCGUCGCUCCACCACCACCACCAACAACAACAACAACACGCAUCGACUCGGCAGCCCUCUUUCUCCUCGCCCGCCUCCACCCUCCACCAAGCCUCCCAAGCCUCAGCCUCACAGCGGUCUGCCCACACGGCUCACGCAUCCGCCCCUUCCUCCGCACCCUCAUCCACACCCGCCUCCUCCUCAGCCUCAGCCUCCUUCCCAUCCUCUUCGUCUUCCGCUUCCUCCCGCUCCUCCUCCUCACCCGCCUCCUCCUCCAUUCGCGCUAGCUGGCGCACCGUCCUCUCCGCCUCCACAGCCGCCUCCUCCGUUCCGACAACAUCUGGACCGGCACCCGCAGCAGCAGCACCAACAGCAGCACCAACAGCAACGGCAACGGCAACCACGCUGAAAACAACCCACCCCCACCAGCAGCACCAUCCGCAGCACGCAGCGACGACAGCAGCACCAGGGGCAGUGACGGAGGCGGUGGGUGAGGCGGAGGCGGCUGCGCUGGCGGCGGCACUGCGGGAGAAUGCGGAAUUGCGGAAGCGACUGGGAUUGGCGCCGUUGGGAGGUUAGGAAGCAGCGGUUGGGUGGUUGUGCCAUGGGGUGUGUGAGAUGAGAGAGGUGUGAUGAGAGGGGUUUGUGUGAGAGGGGUGAUGGUGAUAGGGAUGUGGAUAUGAUGCUGGCCGUGGGGGAAGAGCAUGUGGGCAGAAGCAGGGGAGGCCCGACGGGAAAAAGUUCUUUCCUAUGGUUUUGCUGCAUUGUCGGUUGAAUGCAUGUAGUUGUUGUUGGUGUUGGUGGUUCAGGGACAUUUAGGGCAGGACUGGACUUCCGGAGGGACCACCGAUAGGCAGGUUGGGUUGCACCGUUGCGGCCUAGCGUUCGCGGCUUCUUGCGGUUGUUGUCCGCGGUCCUUAAAGCUCCCUACAUAGUCGUUGUUGCUGUUGAUGUUAUCUCAUUUUGGGGCCUACUCCUCAUGAGGAAGGAGGAGGGUGGGAGGACCUUUAAUAGGAGCUCUUGAUGUAGCAGUAUGAAUGCUAGCAUUAUUGUAUGUUGGUACGGGUUGGCAAGGGUAAAAUGGUUCUGUGCCCUCCGUAGGGGGGUUACAAUGCAAAGGUGCAUUGACAGCAGCAGCGUGUCUUUACUUCAGUUGGGAGCACCGAUGAAAAGGAUGUUGUGGGCAGAGACAAACAGAGAAAGAGAGUGAGAGGGUGCAUAUUGCCAUGUCUCAUUUCUUUUGGUGGCGGAACCCUGGUCAAGGCUUUGCGGGAAGGGAUGGUGGAAGAUGCGUGCCCCAAUUCGCCAAGCAAGAUAUUUCCCAUCGUGAGAAUAACGGCCUGUAGAGUUAAGCGUAAGUUGUAGGAGAACGCGUAAGGCGCGCUUGCUGCAUCCUAGUCGUAGGUGAGAGAGGGGACGCGGCAGGAGGUUGACAUUAGCGUGGGCAUGAGCAGGCAAAGUGGGCAAGGGUUAAGUGGUAUUGUUGCAGGUUAGAUAAAUAGACUCUUAGAGAAGGCUGAAGAUGAGUAGGCUUGAUGACUACCAGCUUGCCCAAGCAACGCACGGUUAGCAUGUGUUAAUCUUCAUGCGAUGGCCUAUGUACCAAACGUUGUCGUAUCUGUUUAAACACGUUAUC